AGGAGGAAAGGUUAAAACGACUUGGACCUGGGGGAUUGGAUCCGGUUGAAGUAUUUGAAUCAUUACCAGUAGUAAGUGUGCUUGCAUAUUUUCACAUUUUCCGAUCGUUCACAUGAACCUGCGACAGGGUUCGUACAGGUCAGGAAGAGUUAAAUUCAAGGACUUUUCAAGGACAUUCAAGGCCGUGUAUCGGCAAAUUCAAGGACUAAAUACUGAAGGCGUUAGAAAUCAGCAAAAUCUGACGUUGAAUUGUUCAAAACGUAACUUUAUAAUGAGGUCAGAUAUGAACAUGCAAAAUCAGUUCAACAAAAUGUCCGUCUUGAAUGUCAAACAAUUUCAGAAAAUAUCCAAAAACUAAAGCAAGAAGAAUUCAAGGACAUUCAAGUACUUCUUUACAAAUUCAAGUACUUCUUUACAAAUUCAAGGACAUUCAAGAACUUCUUUACAAAUUCAAGGACAUUCAAGUACUUCUUUACAAAUUCAAGGACAUUCAAGUACUUCUUUACAAAUUCAAGGACAUUCAAGUACUUCUUUACAAAUUCAAGGACAUUCAAGUACUUCUUUACAAAUUCAAGGACAUUCAAGUACUUCUUUACAAAUUCAAGGACAUUCAAGUACUUCUUUACAAAUUCAAGGACAUUCAAGUACUUCUUUACAAAUUCAAGGACAUUCAAGUACUUCUUUACAAAUUCAAGGACAUUCAAGCACUUCUUUACAAAUUCAAGGACAUUCAAGGCCUUGAAUUUUUGUUUUCAAAUUCAAGGACAUUCAAGGACUUUCAAGUUUUGUACGAACCCUGCUGCGAUUCCGGUGCAGCGCUCUAACAAACUUAGUCUGCUCGCAGGCCGCGUUGUAUAACAAACUGGGCUACAGAGUCCAGUUCUCGAGCUGUAAACCACAAGUUCAUGUAUAUAUAUACUAGGGUACUGCCAUGUUAAGUUAUGGGAAAAUAUCAAGAUUUUGUUGGCAUCUUAUUCGAUUGAAUAAUAGUUUGUAAAAAAAAGUAAAAUAACAAUAUGCAAAUUAGGUAAAUGCUUGAAUUAAGCAUGCGUGAUAGGCAUUGGUGCCAAAAAAUGAAAGUUUCAGCAGCUAUUUAAAGGUGGAGUAAUACAGGCAACAAAAUUGCUGCAACUUGCAACAAAAUCCGAUUUCUACGCAUGUUAACUGAAAAUGUUUAUACACAUACAUUACAAAUCACGAGGCAACAUGUGUCGACAUUUCUACUUAACAUGCAUUGAAAUUAGAUUUUGUUGCAAGUUGCAGCAAUUUUGUUGCUCGUAUUACUCCAGCUUAAAAGACGUAAAAUUGAGUAAAUUUCUGAUAUUUGAAGCAUUAAUAAAACAGAUAACAAAUUUCUCGCCCAUGAACCCAAAAUGCGUUUAAAAGUUUUAAAUUUUGCGCGCAAGCUAUUUUUAAUGUUGCUAAAAGAGACACCCCCCCUGCUCUGGAAAAUUUAUCUUGACGAAAAAAUGUUGUUUAUUCUACAUUAUAAGUACCCAGACAAUCUAUAUUUAUCAACAUUUUCGUGAUAUGAACGGAUUUGUGAAAUUGAGAGCCGUUUCAAAAUUGUCUAGCAAAGAUAGUUCGUGGUAUAUUAUCAAUCGUAUGAAUUUAAUACAGUUUUAAAAGUUGAAGACAUGGGUUUUAUGGUUGGGAAGAGUUCUGCUAAACCCAGUUUGAAGUUGCACUUGUUGUGGCUUGGAAUGCAGCCGUUGUAUCGAGACGUGAAAAUCUGUGAUUUAGCGUUGUAAACAGAGCGAGGACAAUGUCUAAAUUAUUCAUAUAUUGUAAUUACUCAAUUCUUUUCAAUGAUCUAUUGUAUUGGUAGCCGUUGCCGUCCUAAAAUCGUAAGGUCUCUAAUGUUAGCCUAGAACGGCCGAGAAAUAAUGAAGCAUUUUUGAAUGAAAUGCUAAAUUGUAUCGUUUCAGGCUCUUCAAGAAUGUUUUGAGAAGAAAGACAUUCCCAUGCUUCAGAAAGUGUUGGCGGAGCUACCCGAAGAAGAAGCACGUUCUCAUCUCAAGAAGUGUGUUGAUUCUGGACUCUGGGUACCCAACGCCAAGGAUGCUGCAGCCAAAACCGAGAAAAAAACUGAAGAGGCUGAGGAGGAGUAUGACGUAGCAGAUGAGCCGUGACGUCACAGGUUAGCACGUUGUGUGAACAAUAAUCUCCUUAGUUAUUGAUGCCAACAUUCAUAUUUUUGUUCUGGAUAUGCGAGUAAGCCAUCUGUAGUUAUCAUUUGUCUAACAAACCAUUGGAGUCCCAUGCAAAGUAUUUAAAAAUAGUGAACAUCGCACAAAACUUUGUCGCCACAAGUAAAACAGCUUCCUGGAUGAAAAAUUAACACUAGAUCCUGCAUAUCUGACUUUAGAACUUUUCUGUUCGGCGUUUAAAGACUGCUAUAUAUAUUCUGGCCAGAAAAAUAUUAAGCAUGUUGCACGCAAUAAGGGAAAUAUUCUGAGGUUAUUCCCAGAGAGAGGAAAUAAUACAUAUAGAAUAGUAUAUAUAAUUUGCAAACGUCUAUGCUAAACUGCUUUUGAAAUGAUGUAAAAUAAAGCUUAAAAAGCUACCAAGAUUAAAAGGUUUUGUUUUAAUAUUAAUUCAUAUUUUUACGACAAGUUGCUAGUCUAGAGUAGGAUCUUAAAAUAAUUUAAUGCAUAUUCCUUUGUUUACGCGUGAUAUUGUCAAAUCGUGGAAAAUAUCUAUUUUGAUUGACCCAAAUGCCACCAAUAAUUAUGCCGAAUAAUAUACUAUCAGUUGAAAAGAUAUGCUUAAAUAUUUAAAUGGCAAGCGUUCAUUUUCUUACGGUCUCGUAGUUUGCUUCAAACCAUUGGCAAGUUUCACGCAAAGCUACAAAAGAGAAAAAGUAUUUUAUUUGAUAGUGCAUGUAAA